GGAGAAGAGAACCCUAGCUAAACCGCGGCCCUUUCUUCCCUCUCGCGGAGACUGAGAACAGGGGCGAGGAGAUCAUGGCGAGCCGGCGAUGCGUCGCUUCCUUCACUCGCCAUUUCCGAUCUCGCCUCCUUUCGAGCACCGCUUUGGGGAGCCCGCAAAACCUAAUCUUUCGAGCUCUAGAUCCCCCGGCCCUCCGAGGUCGUCUCUCGAACCUCUUCGGGUCUCCCCGCGGAUUCCGAUGCGUCGUUUCCCUUCGAUUCAGUACCACCUGCCUCUUCUCUUCUCGGCCGACGAAUCCUUCCGACGAGGAGAAGGAAGAGGAUGAAGAAGAGGGUGAGAGCUCUGAUGGAGAGGACGACGAAGCUCGGGCUUCGAAUUGUGUGGUUCAGAGAGGGAAAUCGGGGGAAGAGAAGGUAAAGGAAGCGGGUGAGAUCGGAUACAGGGUGAUUGGGCCGCUGGAUCCAUCGGAAAACCCAUUCAAACCUUAUGAGCCGGUUUUUGCUGUUGUUCAGAUUGGUUCUCAUCAAUUCAAGGUCAGCAAUGGGGAUUCCAUUUUUACUGAAAGAUUGAAAUUUUGCGAGGUCAAUGACAAGUUAAUUUUGAACAGGGUUCUGAUGCUGGGAUCACAAACUCAGACAAUCAUCGGUAGGCCAGUAGUACCUGAUGCAGCUGUGCAUGCUGUUGUCGAAGAGCAUGCUUUAGAUGCAAAAGUAAUCAUAUUCAAGAAAAAGAGAAGAAAAAACUACCGUCGAACCAAAGGCCAUCGCCAGGAGUUGACUAAGUUAAGAAUUACUGACAUCCAAGGAAUAGACGAGUUAGAAAAUUUUGCGACCACUGCUUAGCGUGGAUAUUAAUGAUCAGCAAAUGGACAGAACUGCAUCAUUUAGAACUCUUCCCUGGCAUGCUCACCUGGCAAUUUAGACCGCUUACACCUCUAGCAUUGCAAGUUUUGCAUCGGAGCUUUUCAGAAAAUGGAUAAAGAAUUACUUGCAGUCAUUUGUGUAAAUGAAUUAAAUCUCAUGGCAUAUCCUUGAAAGAAGAAUGAGGAUAUUUGGUCAAGUGGAACCAGAAAAAUUUGGAUUCCUGAAAUGCUGAUUAUCGAAACUGAAUGUUCUCAAUAUUCAAUGUGGCGUUUCAUAUAACAAUUUAUUUGGCAUGGUCAGUACAUGUUUUGCAGGUUUGUAAUUUGAUGCAGAUAUUGCUUUACGCUGCAUGGAAAGAAGAUGUUGGAUUCA